AUGGCUUCCUUCCGGUGCCUUCACCUGGUGCUUGCGCUGCCAGUGCUCGCUGCCGCCGAGACCUCCUUCUCCUCGACGCCCGCGCAGCUGGAGGCCAAGGUGACCCUGCAGACCAAUGGUUCCUGGCAUCUCGGAGGUUUCUGCUUAGGCCAAGCAGGCCCCGAGGAGACGAAGGCCGCAGAGCUGACAGCUCACGUGGCGUGGGAAGGCACUCAGGAGCUCGGGGAGACGGGACCCGUGAUGUUGGUGGCCUUCGAUGCGCGCGAGCAUCGCUGGGGUGCCGUGAAGGAUUCUUGGGGCCAGCUGUCUUGCGAGGAGAAGCUGAGUGCCGCAAACAUGAAGCGACAGCUGGGCAAGUCCCAUACUUAUGCUGACUUUGUCUUCAGAAUCAACGUGCCUCAGCAGACGGCGAUCAGGGACUGGCACUUCGCGCUCCUCACGUGUGGGGAAACGGAGCAGGCGCCCUUGUCCCUGAGGCUGUCGGCAACGAACGGGGCCUUGAGCAUGUUCAAGGCCAACACGCACUUCGAUGCCAGCAGUUGCCCAGUAGCGCCUGCGCAUCAUCAGAUUUGA